AUUUGUUUACUCGUUUAUUUUUCAUCUUGUUUUUCGUGAAAACUGUUUAAAUAAUUAAGCCGGUAAAAUGGAAGAAAACGACGAACUGUCUCAGUUGGAAGAAUUGUUAUGUGCUGAUUUAGAAGAACCGAGUGCUAGUGCGACUAAACAAGAUACUGCUGUUCGUGAAAUUAAUAUUUUCGAAUCCGAGGAUAAUGAUCAACAUUACGACGAAAUUUCUAAUAAACAAAUUUCUCAGAAGCCUUCCGCUAUUCACAGUGGUGACACUGAUUCUUCGGACGACGAAGAUCGAAGAAAUUACACCGAACGAAAGUACAACGAUUAUGGUUCAGAAGUGAAAAAAAUACUCGACAUAAGAGAAGAUGAACAACAUCAUAAGCGUGUAGAUUUCGAGACUAGAUUGCGACAGACUAAUUUAGACAUUAAGUUCAAACGAAAUAAUUCUAUCACUAAAAAGCAGGAAGUGACAGAGUCAGAUGUUAACAAAGUAUUAUGUGCUCCACAAGUUAGAGCAAAAUCUGUAGCAGAUAUUUAUACUGAUCCUGUCUUUGGUAUAAGGAUUACGAAACCUUUGGUAUCUAGUACUGCUUUGGUUGAACGCAUGCAGGGUCGAGAAGCUGUAAGCAUGCUUAGGGUGAAGAAAUAUGUUGAAUUAAAAAAUAACACACAAGAUUGGGUUAUUGGUGGUGUUAUUGUUAGGAAAACCUCAGCUAAAAAGUCUCAGAAGGGUAAUCAAUUCCUUAUUUGGACCUUGAGUGAUUUAAAAGAUGAUUUCAAGACUGUCUCUAUGUUUUUGUUCCGUAAGGCUUAUAAUGAUUUGUGGAAGACUUCAGAAGGCACUGUUGUAGCUGUUUUGAAUCCAAAUAUAUUGGAUAGAUCUGAGAACAGCAAAGAUCAAGCUUGCUUGAGUGUAGAGACAAGUGACCGAGUUAUGAUUUUGGGGCAAUCAAAAGAUUUAGGUGUCUGUAAAAGCAAGAAGAAGAAUGGAGAAUCUUGUACUGCUUUUAUAAAUUUAUGUCAGGGUGACCACUGUAUCUACCAUGUUAAGCAGGAGUAUCAGAAAUUUUCAAAGAGGCAAGAGUUACAAUCUUCCACUAUGGGAAAAGGUCUUGUCAGUUUACAGAACAAGGUACUAGGCAAAAGUACUGUAAUUUAUGGAGGCAAAGCAUACUCUGCUUUACCAAAAGGGAAUAAUAAGAAAGUGAAGGAAAAUGAUCAAAACAGACUAAUGUCAUUGAGUGACUAUUAUAAGACUGAAGGAGAUAAGUUAAUGAUGAACAAAGCCCCAAGUGGGGCUGGAUCCCUGAAUAAAAACUCUGGUAUAUUGCACAGUCCUACAACUCAAAGGACCAAUGAUUCUGAUAGGUUGAACAAACUAUCUGGAUUAAAUUCUAGCCCAAAAACUUCCAGUAACUCAAAACAUUCUCCAAUUUUUAGCCCACCAAAUGCUAUUCAAAGCCAAACUUUAAGUUUAAAAGAAAAAAUAGCUGGUUCUCCAAAAUUAGGCAAAUGUUUCAGUUUAAAAGGGAGUGGAACAAUCGAUUUAAACAUGUCUUAUGGACAAAUAGCUGCAGAAAGGGCUAAAGCAAAUGCUGUUAAACUUAUUCAGAAAAGUGGAGGCAUUCAAAAAGUAGAUCCAAACAAUACUAAAGGCACUGAAGCUGGAAAGAAAAGAGCCUUAGACAAAUUGAAUAACAGUGGCAGUGACGAAAAUGAUAGCAAGAAAACUAAGCCAAAUGAAGAAACAAACACAACAGGUAAAGGUAUCCUGUCUGAAAGAUUUAAGAAGAUUCUAGAAGCAACAUCAAUUCAUCAAAAUUUAAUAAGACAGCAUGAAGACGAUGAGCAAGAGAAGUAUUUCAAUAAAUUGGAAAAGAAAGAAGCUAUGGAAGAGAAAAUGUUGAAUACAUUCAAGUUGGCUUGCAAAGCUGUUAGAUGUGCUAAAUGUAAAUACACAGCAUUUUCAGCAGCACAGAUUUGUAAAGACGAGAGGCAUCCUUUGAAAGUCUUGGAUACUUUUAAGAGGUUCUUCAAAUGUGCCGAUUGUGGCAAUAGGACAGUUUCAUUAGAGUUAAUUCCUUUGCAUUCUUGUGGCACUUGUAGUGGAUCUCGAUGGGAGAAAGCACCGAUGUUAAGAGAGAAAAAGGCUAAUUUGACAGAUGGCUUGUCUAUCAGAGGUGAAGAAGAAACUUUCAUUGGGGGUCAUAUUUCAUCUGGAAAGAAUAUUAAUUUACUAAUUCCAGAAAAUGAAUGACAGUAGUAUAUAUUUUUUAUGUGAACUAUUAUUUUACUGAUAUUAGAUCUCACAUGAAGCCAAUGAUGGAAUUGAUAAAAUACAAUUUGAAAGCU